AAUAUUAUGUGAAAGGCUACAACAAAUAGUUACGGUCCCAUAGAAGAAUUCUACUGCAACUUUUGAGGCUUUUGAGGUUCUUGUAAUAAACUAGGUGUUGAAGCCAUUAAGGCUUACUGAGGACAGGCUACAACAGAGCCAGGUUCUUCUCAUGUUUUCUUCUGCAGGCUUAUUUGCACCUCCUUAGCUGUUGUAAUUUGCUAGGAAUUUCAAGCUGGGCUUGAUGGAGGAUAUCCAGUGAUCAUGGCUGCCUUGGAUGAGUCGUUAGUUCCCAGUUCUUUAUUGAUGUCUAAAGAGCAGUCAUCAUCCCCUCUUCAAGUUUUCUUCAAAGAUGCAAGGAAUGUGUUUAAGCUGGAUGAAUUGGGGUUGGAGAUUGCAGAGAUUGCGUUUCCUGCAGCACUUGCUCUUACUGCUGAUCCUGUUGCUUCCCUCGUUGAUACUGCCUUCAUUGGACAGAUAGGCCCAGUUGAGCUUGCAGCUGUUGGUGUGUCUAUUGCAGUAUUCAACCAGGUAUCAAGGAUUGCAAUAUUUCCACUUGUUAGUGUCACAACCUCCUUCGUUGCUGAGGACGAUGCCGCUUCAAAAAUGGCUACUGAGCUUGAAAGUGGAGAUUCAGAAAGGUGUUCUUCUGAAAACAGUGAAUUAAAAGAAUUAAUUCCGACGAAUGAUACCGAGAAGGGAGAAAACCACUCAUCAUUUUCCUCCGAUAAUGUAACAACUGUGGCCAAACUUGAGUCUGAGCGAAAACAUAUUCCAUCGGUUUCGUCAGCAUUAGUAAUUGGUGGAGUACUUGGCCUUCUCCAAGCCCUUUUUCUUAUCUCUGGAGCGAUACCUAUAUUGGCUUUCAUGGGAGUUAAAUCUGAUUCACCUAUGCUGACCCCAGCACGUCAAUAUUUAACAUUAAGGUCCCUCGGCGCUCCUGCUGUUCUCCUCUCUUUGGCCAUGCAAGGGGUCUUUCGAGGUCUCAAGGACACCAAAACGCCAUUAUAUGCAACCGUGGCUGGAGAUGCAACCAAUAUAAUUUUGGAUCCGAUCUUUAUGUUUGUUUUCCAUUUAGGCGUCAGUGGUGCAGCAAUUGCGCAUGUAAUUUCUCAAUACUUGAUUGCAUUAAUUCUACUAUGGAGAUUAUUGAGACAAGUUGACGUGCUACCUCCUACUAUUAAAGAUCUGCAACUUGGCCGCUUCCUUAAAAAUGGUUUCCUCUUACUAAUGAGGGUGGUAGCUGUAACUUUUUGUGUGACACUUGCAGCAUCAAUGGCAGCAAGACAAGGUUCAAUUCCGAUGGCUGCUUUCCAAAUCUGCUUGCAGGUUUGGUUGGCAACAUCUCUUCUCGCUGAUGGAUUAGCUGUUGCUGGACAGGCAAUACUGGCAAGUGCGUUCGCUAGAAAAGAACACCACAGGGCAACAGCCGCUGCAUCCCGUGUUUUACAGUGGGGUAUGGUUCUGGGGUUGGUCCUUUGUGCUGUACUUGGAAUUGGUUUGCAGUUUGCAUCAAGACUAUUUACCAAGGAUGUUGACGUGCUGCAUCUCAUUCACAUUGGAAUCCCGUUUGUGGCGCUCACUCAACCAAUUAACGCUUUAGCCUUUGUUUUUGACGGCAUCAAUUUUGGAGCAUCAGACUUUGCAUAUUCGGCAUAUUCAAUGGUCCUUGUGGCCAUUAUUAGCAUCAUUUGCUUAGUUAUCCUCUCUUCAAGUCAUGGCUUCAUUGGACUUUGGGUGGCUUUAUCGAUCUACAUGAGCCUAAGAAUGUUGGCUGGUUUUUGGAGGAUAGGGACAGCAAGGGGGCCAUGGACAUUCCUUCGAAAUCAAUUCUAAUUUUCCAUUUGGGUUAUGUCCUAGAGUGUGUUUCGGAAGUUCAUAGUUUCAAAUUGCAGCAACAAUUGUAUUAAUUGGCAUCUCCUGGCUUAGGUGUGCUGUACAUAAUUACAAUUCACAGUCACCUUCCAUGAGUACGAGGUCUAUAUAUUUGUAUCCAUAAAAGCCUUCUUGAGCUGGAUGGUUGCUUCUUGAGCUGGAUGGUUGCUUAUGUUAUUUCAUUGGAGGCGGUUGCGAUGUAUAUGAUAGUGAAAGAGCGAGUCAACUUUUCGUCAUCGCAUAAGAGUACUUGCAUCUGUUGAGAUUUUGCCUAGAAGGAUUGUAGAAAAUGUAACGACUUUGAUUUAUUAUUAUUGCGGAUAUGUAGCUAAUUAAUGUCUGCAGUUUUGGUGUA